GCAAACGUUUUUUAAUUUCUUCUCAGAAUGUCGUGUCGUUAGCAAAAUUUUAUAUUUCUUUUAAUAAACAAAAAAAAAAAACUUCAUAAACAUUUUUAUGGUUUAACUAAAGGAAUCUCUAGUUUUUUUCAAAAUUUCUCGUGCAACUAUCAUUUUAUAAUUCGAAAAACAAAAAAUGGCAAAAUUAAACAGAUUUAAAGCUUUCAUUUUUCAAGAUCUAACACAAUUGAUACCGAAGAAACAAUUCCAGAAUGAAACCAUUGCCUGUUUUCAUAAUACCACACCAACGUGGAGAUUUUGGAGUUUCCUGGAGUUUUCGAAAAGGGAUGGACAAUAUUUAAAUAGGACAAAAGAAAACGAAACUUAUGAGGAUAGUGUCAAUCUUCCCGAAACGUUAUUGGCAUUUCCUACUCGGACACAAAUGUUCCAAUCGGCAUUUAGCAAAAAUCAAACUGACAAAGAUUCCUCGCUUGCCAAUAUAAAACUCAAGAAUUUAAAAACCAAAACUCUUACAGAAUUAGAAAAUCAAUUAAAAGGAGAUGCUGAGGUUUCUGAUAAUGGACCAAUUUUCAAAUCAAUCUAUAAGUUAACACCUUCGAAAAGUCUACCUAGAAUUUCCCUAAACAGACAAAAAGAAAAAACAAGUUCUACUUUUGCAUUGCCAAUGGAAGCCACUCGACUAAAAAGAUCGAAAUCAUUUUCCAAUCCAAUUGUUUCCAGAUAUUCUUCCGGAAUUGCAAAAUCACGACGUGAUAUUGGCCUAAGUAUGUCUAAGCCUGGACUAUCAAAACCAUCGAUACAAAUAGCGAACAUGUCGUCAGGCAGUGGAAAGCGAAAUAAUCGUAAUCGGAAAAAUUCGAAAACUAAUAGAAACGAAUCGCAAGAAUGUUCACCGCCAUGUCCACCACCUCCACCACCACCUCCUUGUUGUCCACCUCCACCUCCACCAUGUUGUCCAGAACCGCCAUCACCACCAAAAAAGAAAAAAUCAAAAAGCAGAAAAUCAUCUAAUAACGAAUGUCAACCACCACCUGAACCUCCAUGUAUUGAAGCAUGUCCCGAAAUGGAAGAGUCAAUAUCACAAAAGAAAUGCGAAGGCUGGUGUCCAGUAUUGGAUAAAGGCUCAUGCUACAAAUCAAAAUGCCCCGAAAAGAAAAAGAAAAAACCAUGUCCACCAAUAAAACCCUGUCCUCCAAAAUGUUUUGAGCCAGAUCCAUGCGAAAAACCAAAGGCAUUCUGCGUUGGUUGUCCUCCAAAUAAAAAGAAAAAUCGAGAUUUUUCCACCUACACCAGUAUUGAUUCUGUACGUCCUUUCGCUUCAAGAUCAUUUACAACCGAUAGAUGUGAAAAUAAAUGUCAGAAGGAGGAAAUAGUUGAGGAAAGAUUCAAUAAAAGAUUUCUCAAACCGGGUCCAGCUUGCAAAGAUGACACUAAAUGUGAACUUGCAGCCUCCAUAAAAGUAUGAAAAAAAAAAAAUUAAUUCCCAAGAAUUCUCUCUAGGGAUAUUUUUUUUUUUUUCAUCAAAAUUUCAAUAUAUAAAUUUAGCCCGCGAAUGACAAGUGCUUCAACAAGAAAUCAAUAACCGAUAUUGAAAAAUCAUUACAAAAGAAAAAUGCAGUUUUUUUAUUUGCAAAAAAUGAUAAUGAAAUGAUUGAAGAAAUUAUGCGAAAAGAAUUUGAGGCUGUUAAAAAGUGUAAAAAAGGUAAUAAUAAUAGUAAAACAAAAAAAUCCUCUCAAUGUAAAAAUGAAAAAAUAGAAAAACCUUCUCAAGAUGCAAAAUGUCGAAUAAUUGACACGCCUUGUAAAACAAUUUUCACCUCUUUUCUAAAUAAGCAACGAAACAAAUCGAAAACAUCGGAAAAAAUUAAUAAUCAUUUAUCAGUCGUUGCAAAUAAAAUUGUCACCGACGAUUCGAAUAAUGUUAAAAAACCUAUCAACGAUCUUACAGAAAUUAAAGAAAUGGAACCACGCAAUUGGUUUACAUCUUGGUUAUCUUAAAAAUAUAAACUAAACUUCGGUAAAUAAUGAAAAAUAACAAUUAUAUAUUGCAAAAAGUAUAAAUAAAGUAUAAUUAAAAUAAA